GACAUCGUGACAGAGAGCAACCAGUUUGACUUGGUAGGCUUCAUCCCACUGCUGCGCGAGAGGAUUUACUCCAACAACCAGUAUGCCCGCCAGUUCAUCAUAUCCUGGAUCCUGGUCUUGGAGUCGGUGCCUGACAUCAACCUCUUGGAUUACCUGCCAGAAAUCCUGGAUGGGCUUUUCCAGAUCCUGGGAGACAACAGCAAGGAGAUACGGAAAAUGUGCGAGGUGGCUCUCGGGGAGUUCCUCAAGGAGAUCAAGAAGAAUCCCUCCAGCGUCAAGUUUGCAGAAAUGGCAAAUAUCCUGGUGAUCCACUGCCAGGCAGCGGAUGACCUGAUCCAGCUGACAGCCAUGUGCUGGAUGAGGGAGUUCAUCCAGCUGGCAGGCCGGGUGAUGCUGCCUUACUCCUCAGGGAUCCUGACGGCUGUCCUGCCAUGUCUCUCCUACGAUGACCGCAAGAAGAACAUCAAGGAGGUGGCCAACGUGUGCAACCAGAGCCUGAUGAAGCUGGUCAUCCCAGAGGAUGAUGAAAUGGAUGAGACCAGGCAGUCGAUGACCCUCCUGGCAGAACCCACCUUGGAGGAGUCCCUCUCCAAGCCAGAGGCAGCGUCCAGCGGCUCUCUGGACGCGUCCAGUGACUCCAACUUCAGCAAUAGCAGCGUCUUCACAGUAGCCAGUCCCCCCGGCGAGCGAGUGAUGGAGCGUGGCCCGGCGCCAGGCCUCCGGCUCUCACGGCCCCUUCUCCUGCCCUCCCCGUGCGGCCGUCCGCGGAGGGACAGCGCCGCGGCGAAAGGAGGAGGACCUCGAGCAGCAGGGGCGGAGGAGCUCGCCGCCCGCCGUCUGCAGAGGGACGUCUUCCCUGAAGGGGCCAUCCAAGAAGAUGACGCGAUUCUGCAAAAAACAUCCUUGGAAGCGGACCAGAACUGUGUUUCGGAGGCUCUGGAGCCUUCCCGUGGCCUAGCUGACCCCGCCGACGCUGCAGUCGCUGGCGUGAGCCUGGAUCAGAAAGGGGAGGUGGAAGCGUGGCUGCUGGAGCAGAGCCCGGGCUUCCUUCCGUCGGCCCGAGCUGCUGCCGGAGAAGAUGCAGACAUCUGUCCUGCAUCACUGGACCGAAACAGCUGGGAAGAGCCCUUUGGGCGCUUGUAA